AUGGAGUCGGUUGGACAUGUGAGCGACUCCGUCCCAAACAGAUCAGCCUCUGCUGACCUUCUCCUCCCUUCAGCAUCUGGUUUGAGAAGAAGAGACCGCAGCGACUCGUCUCCUUCUGUCCUCUGUCCUCUGAUUCAUCAGGAUCCUCCUCUAGACGUCAGUAUCUUACCCCGAGCUGCUAGUUUACCCAGCAUGAAGCUCCAAAGCAGCUUUGAGGAGUUUACUCCUGGUUUCUGUGGAGAUCCAGAUGAUGAAACCUACCGGUUCCAGUGCUCCGGUCCAGGCCUGUACCAGUGCAGAGUGAGCGGCCUGGUGUUUGCCAUGAAGGGAGGAGGAGACGUGUUUUACAGGGUUGUUCCCUGGAACAGGACAUUACUGAGCCCACAUGGCAAGAAGCCUGCAGGACCUCUGUUUGACAUCAGCUGCCUGCAGCAGUCUGUGGCUCAGCUUCAUCUCCCUCACUGUGAGGUCCGCUCCACUGGACCAUGUCACUUCCUGUCAGUCGCUCAUCUCCAUGACGGAGGCGUGGAGUUCAUCAGGCCUGAGAGGAUCACAGAGACUCACAUCAUCAUCAGCAUCUCAGGGUUUUCUGCUUUUGGGAACGUCAAGGAUGAGGAUUCUCCUGCUGACCCGGUCCGAGCCUUGGUUCUGCUGUUCUACAGACCUGCAGCUGAUCCAGAGUCAGAACACGAGAUUAAUGUGUUGAUGCUGCCAAAGAACGUUGUUCUCAACAAUGUGCUGCGUUUCAGGAGGAAAUUAGACGAGAAUGAAAGAUUCCUGGAGACGCCUCCAGACUGCAAACUGCAGCCGAAUCAGGUUUACUCUCUGUCUGUCUCUCCUGGUGGCGACUCGGUUCUGGUUCAGCCCAAAGAAGCCGAGUUUGAUGCAGAAUCCUAUGAAAACUACGUCUCAACGUUCCAGGUGGUUUAUGAGGAAAUGAUGAAACACAUCAGACUGUCUCUGGCGGACAGCAGCUCCUGCAGCGUCUGGGACAGACGGGUUUGUCUUUCUGCUGCCGGAGUCAGAAGAUCCUGUGGGCCGACUCGACAGAACCGCAGUCCAAAGGAGCAACUGAUGGAGAUAAGGAUCAACUUCAAGGAUUCAGUAUCAGGACCGGUUCUGCAGAGUCUGCUGGACAAACUGCUGGAGAAAAAGGUCCUGAGUGACUCAGAGAGGGAGGCGGUGGAGGCGGAGAAGAUCAGGGGAGACAAAGCUCGAGUUCUGAUCGACACGGUGAGGAGGAAAGGAGAUGCUGCCGGUUCUGAGAUGAUCCGGUUCCUCUGUGAGCUCGACCCGUUUCUCUCUGAACAUCUGGGUCUGAUGUGA